CAUGCGGCGGUGUCGGGGCGCGGGGCUGGCGGCGCUGGCCGCGCUGCUCAUCGCCGUGGCUGCAGACACAGACCAAGUCCAGCAGAGGCCAUGGGCAGAGACCACCGAGGGCACCAGCCUGAACCUCACUUGCCAGCACCCCAAAAUUGCUGCCGACUCCACUAAUUGGUAUCGCCAAUUCCCACACCAAGCACCCCAGCUGAUAGCAACGGCUGUCCUAGGCACAAAACCCGUGCUGGAGCCAGAGGGGAGUCUGACGGUGUCGGCAGAUCGGCGUUCGAGCGCGCUGUGGCUCGGCCGGCCCCGGCGCGGGGACGCGGCCGUGUAUUACUGCGCGCUGGGGGCCACGGGCAGAGGAGCCGGGGCUGCGGCCGGGCACGAACCGCCGCGGGCGGGGCCGGGCGGGGCCAGCAGGGGGCGCUGCCGCUCCGCCCGCCGGGCUCCCGGGGCUCCGCAGCUCCUUCCUCUGCCCCGAGCCCGCACGCACCGGCACCGCACAGCCCCGCACGGCCACAGCGCCCCUCACAACCCGCCUGCAGCUGCGCUGCACACUCGCCACACACAGCCCGGCCUCCCCUCGCUCCCCAGCCCGCCUCUGCCCGGCACCAAACUGCUGCGGGCUGCGCCUCUGCCGGCGCCUCUCGCCCUCCGGCCGCGGCUGCUGCUGCUCUCAGCCCGCUUCGCGAACCUCUUGCAGUCACCUCAGGAGAUCUCUGGGCGCUGCCGCUCCGCCCGCCGGGGCGCUGCUGGCACCGGCAAUGGGAGCAGGACCGGGACCGGCACCGGCAACGGGACCCGGACCGGCACCGACGCUAACAUUGACAUUGGCACCUGCCCCGGCGCCUGCAGCUUGUGGAGAAGCCUGCCAGCCAUCAAGGAGCACGCAAAAGCAAACACACUCUGCAGUCUUGUUGGAGGUGAUCCCCCGAAGCAAUUCUUCUCUGAGAUGCUAGCCAAAGUUGGACAGCAAGUGGUUCUUCCUUGUGAGUCCACCACUAAGGAGAGUGACACCAAUAUGAACUUCAUCUGGUACCGCCAGCUCCUGGGAACUGCCAGCGUCCCUCGCCGAUCUCCGUUCUCCGGAGUCCGCCCCUUGUCCUGCGACACCCGGGUCCCGGGGCGGGUGUGUCGGGGCGGGCAGAGGCGCCGGCGCUGCCCCGGCGAGGCGGGGCCGGGCGGGAGCGGCCCGAGCGCGGCUCCGCUCGGCUCCCGUGCGGCUGCAGCGGGGCCGGGGCCGGCAGCGAUGGUGGCCGCGCCGGGGCCGGGGCUGCUGGCCUUGGCCUUGGCCUUGUGGCCGGCAGGGCUCUGGGCACAGCCGAGGCUGCAGGAGGCCGGCGGAGGGCUGCGAGCGCCCGGGGACUCCGUCACCCUCUCCUGCCACGGCUCUGGCCUCACCUUCGAGAAUCAUUAUAUUCGGUGGUACCGUCAGGCACCCAGAGGUGGCCUUUCUCAGGUGAAGACAGAGGCCUCAGGCCCUACAGUAGGGAAGAUCUCAGAGUCUGUCCGGCUCACUUGUCACAUCUCUGGUGUAGCCAUCACCGAUAGCAACUACGCAUGGGACUGGAUCCGGCAGACUCCUGGCAAAGAGCUGCAGCAUCUGGUGAUGCAGUAUCCUUUCACAGGACUCCAGCACAUCGCUUCAUCCUUCCGGACCCGAGUCAACAGCUCUGCAGACCCCUCCCGGAACCAGCUGUGGCUGCAACUGCUCUCUCCAGCAGCUACAGACACAGCCACCUAUUUCUGCAGCAUGAGAGAACUUGAAAAGGGCACAGUGCUUGAAACAGAGGUUAUUGGAAUAAGUCUUAGCAGUGUGAGGACAGCUAAGCUUAUAUUUGGACCAGGGACAACUAUCACAGUUCUACCAAACAUUUCAAAAUCUUCUGACCCUCAAGUGAUUGUGAUGAAAUCAAAGAAACUGGAAGAAGGCAACAGCACUGGCAAAGCAGCUUGUUUGGCAAGGAACUCCCUGACAAAGAACAUCAGCUUGGAGAUGCCCUCUCAGGAGGUCGUCUAUGAACAGAGCACAUCCAUUUUGACAUCCGAGGGGUUGUACAAUGCAAUUAAAGUGGCCAGGGUGACAAAAGACAUGGAGGUGACCUGCACGGCCAAAUUCGACAACCGCGUGAUAACAGCACAGCCAG